AUGAGCACGAGGCAACUAAUACAAAAACACACUGCGCUACAACAACAGACCUAUUUACCUCAAACAUCUUUGCUGAAAAUCGAACCAUUUGUUCCUAGUUUUAAUCAAAGGUUACGCCGGCGUCCUAUUGGUCGCUCUUACAGCACCCUAAGCCACAAUGUCAUACACAAGCGUAGCGCCAGUCCAGCCCCGACUCCAGGUCUGGCCCAGGAGCUGGUGGUGGGCUCUGUGCUGGAAUGUUCGCCCACUCCUCAGCCACAGCAGCAGCAGCAGCAGCAACAACAACAACAACAGCAACUGAGGCGAAGUUAUGCUGCAGCCGCCCAGUUACGACAGCAACGUCUACCUCCGCGCACCCGCCCUGCCAUCAUCACACGUCAGCGCUCAAAAUCCACAAGUUCGUCGGCUACAUCCAAUUCCUGUCGCCCACAAACUGCUGCAGCUGUCACAUCCAAUGGGGGGCCGCCCACGCCGGCCACUUGUGUGGGAAGUACAGGUGGGACGUUGGUAAGUGGGGCGAUUGUCACGCCCCAAGCAAACGGGAUUUGUCGCAUACAACGUCUGAUCAAGGAACGCGAGGAGCUUCCUGAUCGCAUUAAUUACGACCGGAGGGGACUAACAGCCAUUCCCAUAUUCGAGCAGGAGCCAAAUUUACGUCUCUUAUCUCUACAACAUAAUCUCAUUAAUAUCUUUCACAUACCCAAGGAGUUGCCACCGCCACCGGCGCCACCACCACAGCGUCCAGUUUCCACGAACAGCAAUAUUGAGAGCAACAGCAACAGUAAUGGCAGAAAUCAUGCGGAUCACAAUGACCACCAGCGAGGAUCGACUUCGAAUGGCCGCCUGACACGUGCCACCUCCCAAUGUCACAACAACAACAAUGGCAGUCGACUCUCACCCAAGUCCAACAGCCCCAUUGCUAGUCCCUUCACCACUCAAUCCCUGGCCAUUAAUGGUGGCAGUUCCAGUCGUCCCAAGCUGAUGAAACGUAGUAGCCUGCUGCAGAGAGGCUAUAACUUUACCCAAGCACAGCUGACGCCUUCUGCCCCGAAUCAGCUACGCAUGCGCAUUGGCCUCGAGAAAUCCAGGAGCUUCGUUUCCAAUUACGGCCCGGCCCCUCGUAGCCUCAUGGCCAUGAAGCAACAGCAUCAGUUAAUGCAACGACGCGCCCUUCUAAAGGCCACCGCUGGAGUGGCGGCCAUCAACUUACAGAGCUGCGAUUCCAGUGCCGAUUCCGUGGCCAGUCAUAUGUACAAUGAAAUGGGCGGGGGAGGCGAGGAGGAGGAGGAGCCACCAUCUGUGGGAAGUCAACUUGAACAGCUAAGCAUUAAGAACAAGCAGCUGAGCCUAAGUGCUUGCUAUGGCAACAUUUUCCAGCACCUCGUCUUUCUCGAUCUCUACGACAAUCAGAUUGAACGAAUUGCCAACCUGGAUGGAUUGCCUUCACUGACAGUUUUGCUGCUCGGAAAGAACCGUAUAACAGAUAUUGGUGGUCUGAACUCGUUGCGGGGCACAUUACGUGUCCUCGAUCUCCAUGGGAACAAGCUGACCAGUAUUAGCAAUCGCAUCAAUUGCCUGCAUCAGCUUAAGUCCCUCAAUCUAGCGGGCAAUCAAAUACGGCAAAUCAAUCAGCAGGACUUCAACGGAUUGCGCUGCCUCAAGGAACUGAAUCUCAAGCGCAACAAAAUCAAGCGCAUCAAUGGCUUUCAGCACUUGGUUGCACUGGAGCGUCUCUGGCUGUGUCAUAACGAGCUGCACAAGGUCGACGACAUGGCAAGCAUUGCUAGGGCCAGCAAGUUGCUUGAGGUGACUAUCGAGAACAACCCGGUCUCGCUGGCCGGCGACUGCGUGUCCUUUCUGGUUAGUUACCUGCCGCUUCUGCAGUCGCUCAGUCAGAUGCCGAUUACGGAUCAAGUGCGUCGAGCGGCUUUAAGUUGGCGACAGCAUAAGGAGCACGCCGAAGCACAGUCGGUGCAUGGGACAUCAGAGGCGUAUCACAGCAUUCGGCGUGAGGAGGUCAUCUCGAACGCGCGCACCAAUUGGGAGCUGCUAAGAUCACAGCAGUCGGUGCAGUCAGCGAUACAACGUGGCACAAUGCGCAGUCCAAAGAAACUAAAAAGCGAACUGGCCAAGAUUAACGAGUCUAAUGAGGGAGCAGGCAGCAACAGCGAUGAGCAAACAACGACGAGCGCGACGGUAGAGCAAUCGCACAAUGGUGAACUCCAUGCCUUCACCAAACUCCCACCCAUAGCCACCAAGAAACCUGAUGAAGAUGCCUCUUCCGACGCAUCAAGUUUGGGGCCCAAUGUGGACUCUUGUUCCAGCUGUUACAGCACAGACAACGAAGACGCCUCCGUCAGCAUAGCAGGCAAGCGUAGCUCAGCCAAGCAGUCGCCGCACAUAGAUGAGAAUUCCAACAAAUUGAUGGCAGAGGCAACACCGGAGGCUCAAUUGGAUCCACAGCUAACAGUUGCAAUUCCUAGCCCUUCACCACCCGCCUUAACACUGACGCCUCCAGCAGCUGGGCAGCAACUCGAGCAGCCGAGCACGCCAACGAAACCAAUUACGACAUCGCCAACGUCGCCUGCAGUGACGCCCACGGCUACUCUGAUGCUGCCCCUGCCCUCUGCCCCGGGCAGUGCACGGCCAUCGAGCAGCAAAAAUCGCGGUGCCCGGUCUGGCUCGAAUGCACCUAUCACACAAAUGGGAUUGCACUUGAAUAGCGGGAGCAAGACCGGUACCGUCUGCAGGCGCUAUAUGCCGGGCAGUUUGGUGCGCUCACAAACAGUUGUGGGAGGCGGCGGCGGGAGCAGCAAUAACAGCAACAGCAGCUCCAAUAGUGGACGGGGCAACAAACAAGCCUCCAAUCACUCCUCAAAUAAUGUUGUUUCGCAAGCGACGCCGCAAACUGUCUCUACUAAUAAUGGGCCAUCUACGAACUCAAGUUCCUCCAAUGGCGUGCAAGCUAAGACGUCAGCUGGAGGGAGUGCGGGCGUAGGUAGUGCAGGCUCCGCGCAGUCCACAGCCAGUGCCGCCAUCAGUGUGACCAAAAGCAGUGCAGCUGAACGUGAGCGGGAACAGGGAGGUGAUUAUCUCAUUGAGAUCUGUGGCCGCUACCUGAACAUCUAUGGUCAAGGCGCCCUGCGCUUUAUUGAUAAGCAAUGGAAUCCCGCCAAGGCCAAUGAUGUACACACACUGAACUUCAGUUACAUUAACUUCAACAACAUUGUGGGUGUCCUGGGGAGGAUAAAGGUCCGUUUUCCGCAUGCUGAAAAUUUUGUUUUUCGCGAGACAAACAUCAGUUGUCUGGGCCAGUUAAAUGCGUUCGCAGAACUGCAAGGGAUUAGCACACUACUGAUCGAUAAGGAGGGGAAUGCCAUUACCACAAAAGAACUUUGGCGUCCCUAUGCUAUCUAUCGCCUUUCACACUGGGGUCUCAAGCAGCUCAAUGGUCAAGACGUUGCAGAGGCGGAAGUGGAGGCUGCCAAUACCAUGUACGCCGGGCUUUCGGACCUGGUACUCUGGUCCAUGCCGGAAGUAAUGUUGCAGCCGCUGCUGGCACGUCUGCGUCUGGAUGAAACCUGCACAGCCAGCAAGAUGUCACCGAAGGAGUGGCUUCAACGGCCAGACAACAAAUCGCUGCGCCUUGUCGUGGGCAAAGAAGCUUUGCAAUGGAAGAAAACAACGGCCACCAACCAGCAGCAAUUACACUUAGCUCCUGAUGGCGGUGCCACAUCCCUAGCGCCUAGUGCAGCGCUCAGCGCACGUGAUCGUGGUCGCCAACAUUUCUCAUUGAUGCUAGAGAACACUUGCAAUGCCGUCGAAAAGCUUCACAAGCUGGAGACUUUGUGGCCCAGCAUGCUGUUGGAUAUUGUGCGGAAUACGCUACUGGAUUAUACCCAACUGGAAGUCUACUUGCGUAACCUGAUGUGUGAGCUUAUGAAUUGA